UUUGCAUUUUUUUCCAAGAGACCAGAAUUUAUCUCUUGUAAAGCGAACCUGGCUUCUCCUCUGGCCCCCUUCCCGCUUUUAGCUUCACAACUAAUUUUGAAAUUAAAAGCAUCUCUUAGUGGCACCACUGAAUCAUUACAACAUAAGAACUCCCAGAUUUGGGAUGUUUUAACUGUGGAUGGAGAAUGCUUCUGAGCAUGUAGAAAGUGCCUUUUGCUCCCUAUAGAGUUAAUAUCUUAGUUCAACAUGUUUCCUUCCCUUAGAAAAGCCUGAGCGCUUGAAAGUGAAGGAAAGGAUGCUCUGCCCAAACACUGCACUUUGAGUGUCACUAUUUUCCUUUUUCAUACUGAUACAGGAAACUUAUAAUAGUGAUUAUAUGCUCACUUCUUGUUGAUUUGGGGUGAAUUAUAGUAAUAUUGCUAUUAGAGAAGAGAUACUACUAAGAGGUAGUCCUCUUCUUACGACCACAAUUGAGCCCAAAAUUUCUGCUGAUAAGUGAAAAAAAUUGUUAAAUGAGUCUUGUCCCAAUUUACGACCUUUCUUGCCAUAGUUGUUAAGUGAAUCUGGCUUGCCCAUUGACUUUGCUUGUCAGAAGAUCGCAAAAAGUUCACACAUGACCUUGGGACACUGCAACUGUCAUAAACCUGACCCAGUUGCAAAAUGUCUGAGAUUUAAUCACAUGAAUAAGAACACUGCAAGGGGGAUGCUUCAACAGUUGUAAGUGCGAAAAAUAGUCAUAAGUCACUUUGUUCAGUGCCACUGUAACCUUGAAUGGUCACUAAAUGAACUGUGGUAAACCGAGGACUACCUGUAUAAACCUAUGGCCAAUUCCGCUUGCACUAGCAAUACUGCUGAUUUGAUCUUGUUUUAUUGUUCUGAAGGUGAAGAUUUUCCUUCUGCAUACUCAUGCAGAAAGCUCAUAAACCAAGUGAAAUAGUGGUUAUAUGCUCACUUUUGUUGAUUUAGUGUUGGAUUAUAGCAGUAUUGCUAUUACAGAAGGGAUACUAUAAACCUAUGGCCAAGCAAUAUUGCUGAUUUGACCUUGAUUUGAUUAAAAUUAAAAUAAGGUAUCCAUUAUAUAAAACUACUUGAUUAUUGAUGUGCAAUUACUGCUGUUUGCUGUCAUGUCAUGAGCCACAGAGGUUUUUCUUUUCUCUGAAGCACUGUCAUUUGACAAAUAGUAUUUGUCAAUGUAUAGUCAUUCCACAAAUCUCCUUGGUUUUAAUAUCCUCUCAUUAUCCCAGCCCAACUGAUAGGCCCACAGAGAUAUAUCGUAUUACCCCAUUUAGUGAGAGAAUGCUGCUCCAUGCACAAACACGCACCUGCUAUUUGAAUGGAAAACUCCCUAUUGGACUUCUUAUAUUACACUUUGUAGCAAACCUGCUACAUUUCCUGCUAGUUGAGGUACCUAUUGGGAUCCUAUCUCAUUAUUUUUGCGAGUUCUUUUUUCUUUUUUGGUAGAUAUAAGCAGUUUUCUGCUGCCAGUUUUGUUUCUCCUCAGGGACAGUACUAGUUGCUCUAUUCUCCAUACUUGCAAGGGAUAAAGCUACACAUCUUGUGUCAUAAAACUGUAGUCAUACAUCAAACUUCUCAAGUGUAGGCUUAGAGCUAAUUUUAAAAGUAUUAAAAAUAUUAUUCACAUUUUCUACAUUAGGCAUAUUCUGGUUUCCUUAUCGAUGAGCAGCUUCAAGUUACAUUUUGAAAUUCUGUAACGCAGGUAGUUCUCAUUUUACAAAUGGUCAGAUAGCGAUAGUUCAAAGUUAUGACAGACCUACCUGGGGGUUAGUUAUGACCUGGAUUUGAAGUUCUGAUGGUCACACUCUCCACUUCAGUCACAUGACCAAACUUCAGACACUCAGCAGCCAAGCCAUAUUUAUUGCCAUUUACAGUGUCCCAGGGUCUCAUAAGUGCAUUUUACAACAGUUUUGUAAAACUCAUUUACAUCCUGGUUCACUUAACAAUUGUGUGUUUUUGUUUUUGUUUUUUUUUUAAAAAAUUGAUUUAUAUGCCGCCCUUCUCCGGAGACUCAGGGCAGCUUACACAUUGUGUUAACAAUUGUGUUAAUUUGACUGCCCCCAAAAAGGUCAUAAAAUUGGAUUGGUCAAAUGACUGACCUGUUUUAUGACUCACAACUCAAAAUCAUGAUGGGUAGGCUCCAUUAUGGUCGUAAAUCAAGGACUACCUGUAUGAGAUUAAAAACAUAAAUUAAAAGGUGCUAAAUAUAUUCCCUACUUGCAAUAUGAAAUUAUUGAAAAGUUGAAAGAAAAGAAUAGAAAUAGUCUACGCCUUCUAUAUAGCAUACACAGAACAAAAGUGGGACAUAAUGAACAAUGCUUUUCAAAUGGGAAUUUGAUGUAUGUCACAACAUUGCUAGUCUGGAGGAAAAAUUUCCCAUGCUGAUGGGAGUAUCUGAUCAAAAAAGCUUUUAUUGUUAUGCUUUAAUAGCUAAAAUCUAUUAUUCAUAAUAUGGAGUGCACACCCUAAUCAUUGAAGCAAACCUGUAUGUAUAUUCUUAUAGCUUUACAGAACUGCAUUUUGAUGUCAUUAAUGGACUUCAGUUGUCUUUUUCUUCUGUUUCAAUGAAUGAUAGAUGUUGAUAUCAUAUAUUUUGAAGGUUUCCCUGGGGAACCCUCAUUCAUGCAGCUGCUCAGUAUUUCUGAAAGAAAAGGACCUUUGUAAACAUAUCUGCUGGUUAUUACUAAAAAAGUUCAAACUUCCAAGAGAUCAUGAAUAUGCUUUACAGAUUGGUCUGUUAGAACGAGAAAUUAACUAUCUGCUUCUAAGUCCACAACUUGCUCCCCAAGUAAAAGUAAUUGCCCAUUCUCUUAUGGAAUUGAAAACAGUUGAUGAUGGGUAUGUUAAACAAAAAAGUAUUGAUAAUGAGGAUAUAUGUCCUGUUUGCCAGGAUACACUACUCAAAAAAAUGCUUCCUGUCACUUAUUGCAGGUUUGGUUGUGGGAACAACAUACAUAUAGUGUGUAUGAAAAUUUGGAUUGAUCAUCAGCGAGAUUUAGAGAAAAAUUCUUUAGUGAAGUGCCCUUUAUGCAGGGAAAAUUUUGCACCACUGAAGCUCAUCUUGGAAGAAUUCAGAAACUGCAAAAAACUUGUGACUGCAGCAGAAAAACAAAGCCUUAACAAACACCUUGGAAUCCCUUGCAAUAAUUGCAGAGUACUACCCAUUGAGGGAAAUUGCUACAAGUGUACUGAAUGCAGUGAUUACCAUCUAUGCCAUGGAUGUUUUCAAAGCUUUUGUCAUCCGUCACAUACUUUUGCUUUCCGAGAGAAAAGGAAUCAGAGAUGGAAAUCAUUUGAACCUGAAGUGCGACUGUCAACAACAGAAGAAAAUCUGAAGAUUAAUCCAGAAGAGAAGUUUAAAGAAGGAAAAAACAAGGAACAAUUCAGCUGCAUACCACAGCAGGUACUGAACUCAAUACCCAAUAUGGUGAUUAGGAAGGGCAGCCCUUUACUUGAUCCAGGUUUACAGUGUAGACUCUGUUUGAAGAUAUUCUGCCUUGGCCAAGUCACAAGGACCUUACCAUGUAAUCACAAGUUCCACAGAAAAUGCAUUGACUGUUGGUUGCAGAAAGAAAAUGCAUGUCCUAUUGAUGACCAUGUUGUAUAUAAUCCAUUAACCUGGGAGACGGCACCAAGCAAAGACAAAGUAAAUCAAUUAGGGUCUCAAGCAAAGCAUCUCCUUGCAAAGCAGCCUGGGCUGGAUCUUUUUAUACCAGGCACUGGAUUAUCUAUCAAACAAAUAAAGUCUCACUGUGUCACAGAGGUAUCUCAAAGUAGUUUUCAAGGAAACUGUAACAAGAAAAAAAAUUCUGCAGAGACAGAGCAAAAUUUAACAUUGAAUGGUUUCAGCUGUCCUUGUACCAGAGAUGCUGGUUCUAGCUUGCUUAACACUCAAAAACCAAGACAUUUGAAAUUUUCUAGACAUAUGAAGGGUUUAGUCCUUAUUCCAAAGGCUCAUACUGAUAAAUUUACCGAUAAAGUAGUUGGUACCGAUUUAAGAUUAUGCACAAACUGAAAGACAGAUUAAAAUUGUAACGCUGCAUAUUUUUAAAGAAAAUAGAUUCUAUUGUAGUUAUUUGGAUGUACAAAGGAUCCAGAUGCUUUAGUUUUUUAUAUAAAUGUUAAAAAAUUUUAAUGUGAAAAUCAUUUUUAUUUGGUUUGAUGUUCAAUAAAAAGUUUUACAUAAAAUAGUGUUUAUCAGCAUAAAAAAAGUCUCUAAGGUUUUUUUGGCUCCAGUAAAUUCAACUUUUUCUUUUAAGACUAAAUAUCUAAAUUACAUUUUUGAAUAUAUAAAAUGAUAAAGACCCAACCAUUUGACAUUCAACUAUUUGUCCCAAUUCUGUUUCUUAACUGAUUUAAACUCUAAUUUCAGCUUAAACUGUAACUACACAUUUCUGUGGAAAUAUUUUUCUUGCUACAUUUGGUAACUGUUUUAUUGUUUUAACUAAUAAUGUUAAUCUAAAUUCUAAACCAAGUUUAUACUUAUUAGCAUCUUCAGUGUUUAUGUCCCUUGGGAGAUAGAGAGAUGGUUAAUAAAAACAUUUACUCUUUCUUGCUGAUAGAAGUAGAAUCCCCUACAAAGAGAUAAAUUGCUCUUGUAAUGGCAUUGUAAUUAAAAAUGUUUUAUUUAAUCAUGAAUGGUAGCUCUAGUAUGAACCAGCAAAUAAAUGUAAUAGGAAAUAUUGCUUUUAUGAACAAUAAAUAGCAAAUAUAGCAAAUGUUUUACAAAACUGCCACCCCUAUUAAUGUAUUAAAGUCGAGUUGUGUAAAAGUCCCCAAGUAUUAUCCUGUUACUUCUUUCAGUUUAUGUUAAUAAAGAGCUGUACAUA